AUGGAACAAGGAAACCAAACCAGUGUCUCCGAAUUUCUCCUCUUGGCCUUUUCAAGAUGGCCAGAGUGGCAGGCUCUCCUCUUUGCACUUUUCCUGUGCCUCUACUUAACAGGGCUGCUUGGAAACUUGCUCAUCUUGCUGGCUAUUGUCUCAGACCACCGCCUCCACACACCCAUGUAUUUCUUCCUUGCCAAUCUGUCUGCAGUAGACCUCUGCCUGCCUUCAUCUACAGUUCCCAAGAUGCUGCUGAACAUCCAGGCACAGACUCAGACCAUCUCCUAUCCUGGAUGCCUGGCUCAGAUGUAUUUCUGUAUGAUGUUUGCCAACAUGGACAAUUUCCUUCUCACAGUGAUGGCAUAUGACCGUUUUGUGGCCAUCUGUCAUCCUUUGCGUUACUCCACCAUCAUGAGCCAGUGCCUUUGUGCCUCUCUGGUGGCUGUGCCAUGGAUCCUUGCCACUUUGAAUGCCCUCUUGCACACCCUCACGCUUGCCCGUCUGCACUUCUGCUCUAACAACAUGAUCCACCAUUUCUUCUGUGAUAUCAACUCUCUCCUCCCCCUCUCCUGUUCCAACACCAGUCUCAAUCAGUUCAUAGUUCUGGCUGCAGUGGGGCUUAUUUUUGUGGUACCUUCGGGGUGUAUCCUGGCAUCCUACAGCCUCAUCAUCUUUGCUGUGAUGAAAAUCCCUUCCACCCAAGGAAAACUCAAAGCUUUCUCCACCUGUGGAUCUCAUCUUGCCUUGGUCAUUCUUUUCUAUGGAACAAUCACAGGGGUCUAUAUGAGUCCCUCAUCCAACCGUUCAACUGAAAAAGACUCAGCUGCAUCAGUGGUCUUCAUGGUUGUAGUCCCUAUGUUGAACCCUUUCAUAUACAGUCUAAGGAACAAUGAGCUAAAGGGGGCAUUAAAGAAAGCUGUAAGCCAGACCAAAAUCUUCUCCCAGUAA